CCCUUGUGGGCAAUUCGGCCCUAUAAAGCUCAAAAAACCAAAACCAAAAACAGUAAACUGAUCUUCAGCUACUACUUUUGGGUUCUUCACUGCUGUCCUUCACAGCAGAAGACCUGCGUGCUGAUUUCUCUACCUGUUUGCUGAAGAAUUUUGUUUCCAUCCACAUAAGACAUGAAGAGUUUUCUAGUCUUCCUUCUGCUACUGGUACCCAUGCACGUUGGAUCUACCUGGAGCAGGAAAUAUGCAGUAGACUGCCCCGAGCCUUGCGAGAGCGCUGAAUGUAAGAGCCUUCUGCACUGUAAACGGACAGUCCUGGAUGACUGCGGCUGCUGCAGGGUAUGUGCUGCAGCGUUGGGGGAGACUUGCUACCGGACUGUCUCGGGGAUGGAUGGAGUCAAAUGCGGCCCUGGACUGAAGUGCCAGUUUUAUUCUGAAGAAGAUGACUUUGGUGAUGAGUUUGGUAUCUGCAAAGAGUGUCCUUACGGCACCUAUGGACUAGAAUGCAGGCGAACAUGCAAUUGCCAGUCUGGAAUAUGCGACCGAGUAACUGGAAGGUGUUUAAAGUUUUCAUUUUUCCAACUGGUAGCAUCGAAGCCUCCGAACAGACAGAAAUUAAUUUCACAUACAGAGAAUGACAUGGCAUCUGGUGAUGGAAAUUCUGUAAAAGAGGAUGUUGCCAAAGAGAAAGUUGUUCGAUCACCAAUAAUGAAAUGGUUAAAUCCUCGUUGAUAUCUGCAGAACUUUCAAACUUUUCCUUUUUCCAGAAUUGUUGAAUGUUCACAGCUCAGUUUAAAAGGUAGAGCUCCAGCAAAGGAAAUAUGUAAAGAUCUAAUCUCUGUGUCUUCAGGGGAAAAAAAGCAAACUUUCAACAUAGACUGUGUACAGUGUGUAUGAUAUUUUGGAUAUUUUCUGAUAAGCAUUUGAAUGGUAAAAUGUAUUAUGAAUUGCUGAAUGUAAAAUAUUAACAAAACUGGAAAAAAAUGCCCCAUGCUCAUUAAAAGUGGUGAAAAUUA